AUGCCGGCAUCGCCCCCCACCCAGCGAGCUGCUUCACGCACGCGGGGUUCUGCAAAUCGCGUCUCAAAAACAGCCAAGGCAUGCCAGCAAUGCCGCACUCGCAAAUCGCGCUGCGAUGGAAAAUCCCCCUGCAUGCCGUGCCAGCAGCGAGGCCAGGAAAGCGACUGUCGCUUCCGGGACUUUGUCCGGCGGCGCAGGGCAAAGACAGCGAGUACAACCACUCUCUCGCCAGGCGAGCCCGGCAUUGUGGAGGCAAGCAGCGAUAACGCGAACGCUCUACUCCAAGGCGAUGAUCAAGCUCAAUUUCCGCAUGCUAGGUUGACCGUUUUCCAACAGGGGCAGCAGGAAAAUGGCUCUAGUAUACCCAGACCCAAUACGACGUCCAGGCAUCGAGGCACCGUCGACCUCUACUACGGCCCAACCUCGGACUUCUCGCUCGCCCAGCAUCUCCGCCGCGAUCUUUUCGGGAAUGCGAGCGAGAGCGCCGUGGGUGAAGCGGGCCACGACCGGGCCCUCUUCCUCGGACUGCCAGCGGCGGAGAGUGCGCUUCUAAAUUCGUAUUCGCACGCGCCAGGCUCCAACUUAGCUGGGGAGAUGCUCGCCCUCAUCCCAUACGAUGUUGCCAAGGAGCUGUUGGAGCGCUAUCUCGAGACACAUUAUGCAUAUGCCCCGUUUCUCCCAGCCGAAUUUUACAGGGGACUGCUAGACGAGCUUUAUGACGCGCACAUGCACGUACAGGGAAUCCCAUCGAACAACAUCAAUGGACAUCGGAGUCAGAGACAGAAUCAAAGUUAUACUCACAUCAGGAAGAAGCAGAACCUUCUCCUCCUGGCAAUAGCGCUGGCGGCCCAGGCCACGGAGAAAUGGGAAUGGGGCGAGACCUUGUUCCGCAGCGUCAAGAGGGAUCAUUUUGAGGAUACUGGUCUCGCGAGCCUGGAGUCGAUUCAGCUAUACGCGCAGUUCGAAACCGAAGCCGGCCGUCCCAACUACGCAUACCUCGCCAUCGGCCAUGCCGCACGCGAGGCCUUCUUAGCCGGUCUGCACAAGGAGGCGCUGAGGAAGAACUGGAGGCGAGGCGUGAGCCCAGUUGAUGUCAGCGCGCGGCGAGUCACGUUUUGGAUUCUGUAUUUCCAUGAAAGCUGGAUCUCUUUCUGCACAGGCCGCCCCAGCUGCUUCGAAGCCGUCGACAUCGAAACGCCCCUACCGGACAAUCCCUUCCUUGCCCUCCUGACCGACUACGCGCGGCUCAUGGGCGCUAUCACGGACCGGAUCUACAAGCCCAAGCACAGCGCCAUCGCGAAUCUGUGGCGUGAGGCGUGUAUUCUGUCGGAACAACUCUCCUCGCUCAGGACCAAGGUCCAGGAUAUGUUUGGCGUGGACUGGGAGAGUGUGGAGCGGAACUCUUCGCAUGGGCCGAGAGAGGUCUUUCUCGUUAUGGCUCACUGUAAGCACCCAGUCCUCAACCACAUGACCCUCCUGACAUACCGCCCCCUCGUCAUCUUCCGGAGCCGCUGGAAACGCGACGAGGACCGCCUAAACCGCGCACAAGCCAAUCCUCAAACUCGACCUCGACCCGAGUGCACGACGUACCUCCGCGAAGGGUGCAACCACGCCCUCAACGCGGCAGUCUCGACAAUUCGCUACCUGUCCGCGCUGGGGAUCCAGAACUCCAAGAUUAAGGACAUCCGCACACACUCUCUUCUCCUGACGCACACCCUCCUCCUGCUUCUGUACGACUUCAUCCACGACGCUACACACCCGCCUUCGCACCUGCACUGGAUCCACACCGCGCUCAGAUUCCUGGCGCGCAUGAGGCACGGCGAGCCCGUUGCCAGCGUGAUCAGCGCAGCGCGGGGGAUGCUGAGGCGUGUGAAUCCGGGCUUUGAUCUUGAUCCGUUUGACGAGAGUCAGGCUCAGGCUCGGGCUCAGGCUCAGGGCUCUUUUGACGGUUUUGAGGGGGUGGAUGCUGAUGGUUCAUGUUUUGCUUGGGCACUGUCUACGCCUACGCCGGAUGCGUUGGGAGGUCUUGAUGGGGGCGGAUGUCCGGUGGGGACGGGCGAGGGUGGUACUGGUGGACCUGGACCUGGUCUUUUCGGUGGUGGUGAGGGUGAUGGAAAUGGAAUCGGAGAGUGUAAUUGGGGUGGCGGUGCGGCGUUUGAGCUCAAUCAGGACCUGGCGUCGUUGGAUAUGGAUGCGUUUUUUACGUUUCCGUUUGAUGAUUUCCUGGUUGAUGAGGGGUCUGGGCUUGGUUUGGGUAUACCGUAG